AUAACUCCCGCCCCAGUGACAUUCACAGUUCCAUAGUCCCACUAUUUAACUCGCUGAAAUCUUUAUUGUCUUUUACCAUUGGUCCUUUUCCCCGUCAACAAAGAACCUCAGGACGACUUCUAUUAUAUAGGUUUUUUCUGUGAAAAAAAAUCAAGGCCUGAGGGUGGUAAGGAGCUCCAUCAGUACCAGUAGAACUUUUGUUUUGAGCAAGUCACAUGUGAGAAAUGUCCAAGCCAGUCAACAGGUGAUAGCAGAGCCAAAAACAUAGAUACCGAGCCAGAUUUGAGAAAAGAAAAAAAUAUAGUGUUUCACGUUGGACCAUAACCACAUUUACUCCAGCCACUAGCCAAGCCUCCUAAGUCCUAACUUUCUUCAACAGGCAUUCAUGAAACAACCAACUGCUUUAAUUACCUGCACUACAGCAGGAUGGUGUAAGUGUCCUUCCUUGGUCCUUGCGAAGAGGUAUUUCUAGCCUCCAAACACUACCUCCAUAACACUUCUCAUUCUGCUUUGCUUUCUCUUCACUUCGUUCUCCAAGCGAAACCCUUCUUUCUUGACCUGAAAAAUGUUUGAAAUUCCAGUGAAAUGGCUGGUUUUCAUUCUAACAAUUUAUCUACCUUUCAACAUUGUCGUUUCUAUGAACAACCCAUUGACAAGAAAGACUUACAUUGUCCAAAUGGAUAGGUCUGCAAAGCCAGAAUACUUCACCAGUCACCUUGAAUGGUAUUCAUCGAAAGUACAGUCAGUAUUGUCUAAGCCUGAAAUUGAAGGCAAUGCAGAUGAGGAGGACAGGAUAAUUUAUAGCUACGAGACUGCUUUUCAUGGGGUUGCCGCCAAGUUGAAUGAAGAAGAAGCCGAAAGACUAGAGGAAGCAGAUGGAGUGGUGGCUAUUUUCCCAGAGACUAAAUAUCAACUACACACAACAAGAAGCCCCAUGUUUCUUGGGCUUGAACCUGAAGACACCACGAGUGUCUGGUCUGAAAAACUUGCAGGCCAUGAUGUCAUAGUGGGAGUGCUGGACACAGGGAUUUGGCCAGAGAGUGAGAGCUUCAAUGACACAGGCAUGACUCCAGUGCCUACUCACUGGAAAGGGAUGUGUGAGACAGGCAGGGGUUUUCAGAAACAUCAUUGUAACAAAAAAAUUGUCGGUGCAAGAGUCUUCUACAGAGGAUAUGAAGCUGUUACUGGCAAAAUCAAUGGGCAAAAUGAGUAUAAAUCGCCAAGAGAUCAAGAUGGUCAUGGAACUCACACAGCAGCUACAGUUGCUGGCUCUCCAGUUCGUGGAGCAAAUCUAUUGGGCUAUGCUCAUGGAAUCGCAAGAGGGAUGGCACCUGGGGCUAGAAUUGCAGUUUACAAGGUUUGCUGGGCUGGUGGAUGUUUCAGCUCAGAUAUUCUGUCCGCAGUUGAUAGAGCAGUAGCUGAUGGAGUGAAUGUCUUAUCAAUAUCUUUGGGUGGUGGGGUUUCGUCUUACUACCGCGACAGUUUGUCCAUAGCUGCCUUUGGAUCAAUGGAGAUGGGUGUUUUUGUUUCAUGCUCAGCGGGAAAUGCAGGACCUGAACCUGCCAGCCUCACCAAUGUCUCACCAUGGAUCACCACAGUUGGUGCUAGUACUAUGGACAGAGAUUUUCCAGCCACUGCCAGGCUAGGAACUGGCAGAACUAUAUAUGGAGUUUCACUCUAUAAAGGCCGAAGGACUUUGUCGACACGGAAGCAAUAUCCUCUAGUUUACAUGGGAGGCAACUCUAGCAGCCUCGACCCAAGUUCAUUGUGCUUGGAAGGAACUUUAAAUCCUCGCGUUGUUGCUGGAAAGAUUGUGAUAUGUGAACGCGGUAUUAGUCCUCGAGUUCAAAAGGGUCAGGUAGCAAAACAAGCAGGAGCAGUAGGCAUGAUUCUAGCAAAUACAGCAGCAAAUGGAGAGGAGCUGGUUGCAGACUGUCACCUGCUUCCAGCAGUUGCAGUGGGAGAGAAAGAAGGGAAAUUGAUCAAAAGUUAUGCUUUAACUAGUCGAAAUGCAACUGCAACUCUAGCUUUUCGUGGUACAAGUUUGGGAAUUAGGCCUUCUCCAGUAGUGGCAGCAUUUUCAUCCAGAGGACCAAAUUUACUGACUCUUGAGAUUCUGAAACCUGAUAUUGUUGCACCCGGUGUGAACAUACUCGCUGCUUGGACUGGUGAUUUAGGUCCAUCAAGUUUGCCAACAGAUCACAGGAGAUCGAAGUUCAACAUACUCUCAGGAACUUCCAUGUCAUGCCCACAUGUUAGUGGAAUUGCUGCCUUGCUCAAGGCUAGGCACCCAGAAUGGAGUCCAGCAGCAAUCAAAUCUGCACUGAUGACAACAGCUUAUGUUCAUGAUAACACACACCAUCCACUGAAAGAUGCUUCAACAGCUACUCCUUCAACCCCUUUUGAUCAUGGUGCAGGGCACAUAAACCCAAUGAAAGCUCAAGACCCAGGUCUGAUUUAUGACCUUGAACCUCAGGAUUACUUCGAUUUUCUCUGCACACAGAAGCUUACUCCAACACAGCUGAAAGUUUUCGGCAAGUACGCAAAUAGGUCUUGUCGACAUUCUCUUGCAAAUCCAGGGGAUUUGAACUAUCCAUCUAUCUCAGCAAUUUUCCCAGAUGAUACUUCGAUUAAAGUUUUGACCCUCCACAGAACUGUUACCAAUGUUGGCCUUCCAACUUCUACAUACCAUGUAGUGGUCUCACCAUUCAAAGGAGCAACAGUCAAAGUCGAACCAGAAAUCUUGAACUUCACUAGGAAAAAUCAGAAACUAUCUUACAAGAUCAUCUUCACCACAAAGACUAGGAAAACAAUGCCUGAGUUUGGAGGUUUGGUAUGGAAAGAUGGAGCACACAAAGUAAGAAGCCCAAUUGCUAUCACUUGGUUGACACCACUUACAUAAAUCAUGUUAUUGAUUUUAACAUUUGAGUAUCCAUGUUCUUUGCAAUAAUUAGAAUGUUUUGUAAAGAGUCCAGAGGCUCGCUCUUUUUUAUCACAUGGAAUGGAAUGCCUGCUCUUUGUUUUUCUUGCA